GUGGCCAGUCGGCGUGCGGCGGUCGCAGUUACAAAGACAGCUGGCCGCCACUGGCACCCGCAUAUUCACCAAAGACUCUGGCGAGCCAUACCAAAUCAGCAUUGGCGAGUUUACCAGCCGCGAUUUGGUGUCCACAGCUAUAGCCAGCAAUGGCGGUGCAGUGCUUGAUUUUAGAGAUGCGGCACAGGCCGACAUGAUUCUAGACAUCGUACCGUACCGCCCGUAUGCACGCAGAACAUACUUGCCGGCUCUCGUAGCCGACAGUUUGCGAGCUGGCAAACUAGUCGAUGUUACAAAAUACCGAGUAAGCCCUGCAAACAAGCAGCCGCCAAGCAGUCUGGGAAGGACGCGUGUAGCCGACAGAACUAGCAUGUAUGAAGCACACACAAGACCGCUGCUGGAGGCUCCUGGCGGCGCGAAACGGCGUGUCAGCGAUCUAGUCAUCGGCUAUACAAACGAGGAAUUGGACCCAGAGGACCGGAUCACAGACAUUAUACUGUCUAGCAAAGCACAAAGCUUGGAGCAGCUCCGCGAACGCGAGUCGUCUAGUACGGAGCAUGGCAAAACAGCGCUGCAUACAGAGUUGCAAGAGUCGCAAGAGCUUGGCGAUAAGACUAGCCAGAGGCUCCAGGCACCACAGCCAAGAGAGCGCACUAUUGCAAGCACAUCUCGGCGCCGGACAACAACGCCCAGCCGGUCCAUGCUGCUGAGCAGCCCCGGCAGAGCGCACUGGAAAUCGUUUCGCGAAUUGCCUACCCAGCCGUCGACAUCGAAUAUCGAUAGCUACCAGGCAAAGCCGAUGGACGAGAACUACGAGUUUGCGAUGCUUACUGAGGAUCAGCAACCCGGUGAUGCUGGCGACUUGAUUGACGCGGAGUCGCUAUUGAGGGACCGAGCGACGACUGCUGCCAGCGAAGAGCAGGGCGAGGAGCCGGCAGCCUUCGAAUCAGCGAGUCCUGAGCUAGUCAGCAAUACGCCGCCAAUGGUCAAGCAGCGCAGUGCUCCUGAGGACUACGGGCAGGCUGCAGUGCCAGUGGUUCUUAACGAGGAUUCCGGCGCAGAGGGUGCUAGCUUGUCGAGACUGGAUGACAGGGCAAAGACGACACCGCAGCGGCGGCGCUCGGAUGCCAUGCGCAGCUAUACGCCGUAUUCGGCGUCGAAGCGCAUCCGCAUGAGCAGCUCAGAUUCGCCGCUGAUGGCUAGUCUUGCUGUCGAGCUACAAGACAGCGGAGAGCCAGCAGGUGCCAAGCAGGGGAACAUGGCUCUGGAGACUGCCGAGCAGAAUAGAGAAGGCGCUGAUGCAGCAGAUGAGGAGGCAAUUUCAGCUGACAGAAUACCCCCUAAAUCCACAUCAAAAAGCUCAUUGCCCAGGUCCAAAGCAGCAGAGGAACCUGAACUUGGCGAUGGAUCAGACACCAACACGUCGCCGAUCCUGAACAGUUCUGAUGUAGAGGAGGAAAGCCAGGAGGUGGAUGCGCGGUUGUCUGGGGACUCGGUGACCCCCGUGCGCCGCGAGCAGCUCACCGAGUCGGGCGGACUGCAGAAACCCGCCCAGCCCUCACCACUGUCGCAGAAUGGCAAGGCAAAGAACCCCGGGAGCGGCCGCCAGUCGAAGCGCGGCCGCAGCCUGCCAAUGCGAAACACUGCGCGCAGGGGCAAAGGCCCGCUGCGCAGACCAAAGAACUCGGCGCUGUCACACACGGCAGCGGCUACUGGUAAUGCGCAGGCACCUGGCAAUGAGAAGCAGAGCCAGAUGCUAUGUAGUAGCAGCACAUCGAGCGAUGCUGAGUCGAGGACAUCGGAGCCGGAAGUCCAGGGCAAUGCAGCUAUCAUCGGGGAAGGGGCAGAAGAGGCAGGAUCCGAGGGAGAGGAGUCCGGCGAGCAUACACCCACCCUCACACGGAGCCUUGCUGGCAUGUUCUCGCCAGGAACCCUGGCCACCAACGACACUGAUGCGCUCGAGACCGAAAACUGGCGACCAGCAGCUAUCCAGAAGCAGCCAGCGCCGGCGGAAAGUCCUGGGCGCACCAGCGCAUCGAGGCAGACCCGGCUCCAGCACCGACGUAUCUCGUCGCACCACCAGCUGUCGUUCUGCGAGCAAGUGCUGCUUUCGCUCGACCACCGGCAGCAGACCAACAGCAGCCGGGUGAACGAGUCGCUGCCGCAGUCGCCUGCCACGCCCCGGCGCACAGUGCCUAUGCACUUGCGCUCGGUCAUCUCCCCGCCGUCGUCGCCGGCGCAGGCCACGGUGAUCGGCGGGACGAUGCGGGUGUAUGGCGACAACGAAGUCGAGAUGUCGAUGGCCGACAAGGAGCUCAUGGUGCUCUACAUGUGCAGCGGCAACUGGGGGCUGGCGCGCGGCUGGAUCCUGGCCGGUAGCCAGCGGCCGCAUGGCGCAUGGACCGCCGAGGAGGACUCGCUGCUGCUGCAGGGCACCGACAUCGACGACAUGCACAAGAUCCGCGAGAAGCGCAGCACGGCCGAGGUGUACCGGCGGCUGCAGUUCUUCAACGAGUACUAUUCGUAACCAAAAAAAGCAUUAAUGGCGAGCCAAAACUGGCCUCAUCUGGUAUCCUGUAUAU